UUGAUAGACAUAUGAAUCUUGUUGAGAAAAUAUGUGAUAUGAUCCUUCUAUGCAAUGUAGAAAACUUACCACAUUAUAUACAAAAUUUUAUACAAGCUAUACUUGCACAGUAUCCUUGUUUUCCAACAUAUUCAGCUGUUUCAAUAUUAAUAUUACAAACAAAGUUGUCAAAAAUCUUUGUUGGUACUGCUGAUUAUCAGAAUUCAUUAAUAAAUUUAUCUCUUUCUAUCAUAUUUUAUUCGAUUGCAGCUAUUAAUUCAGAACAUUAUAGUGGAACUGAAGAUGGAUCAGUUUUGAGAAUAGUUUGUCAGUUUUUGAAAACAUUAAAUUUUUCAUCUAAAGUAUGUAAUAUUAUCUGGAAUUCUGUAAAAGUAAUGCACAUUCAACAAACAGCAGUUUUAGGAUCAGUGUUUUCAUUAUUAUUAAAAUGCAAUUUGUUUGGAAUGGAAGAAAUUGUUGUUGUCGAUAAUAUUUUAUUGGAGUUAAAGAUGAAAUUUCCCCAAAUUAUUAAUAAAAAGUGGUGGAUGGAAUUGAAUUAUUACGUACAGUUAUUUAAAGGUCCUACAGCCAUGCUGGUAAAGUCAUAAUAAUAGAGUUGGAUGUAAAAUAUUUUAAUAUCAAAUUGAAUUGUAUUUUUAUGACAAAUUGUAAGUAACAAUUGUAAAUUAUUUUUUAAUACUUUUUGUUUCUGAAAGGUUUGAACCUUAUUUAUAUAUUUACAGAAA